AUGCUUAUCGACGGUCAAAAGUGGGCGUGUGAAGCUUGUAUACGGGGCCACCGUGUGACCAGCUGCAAACACCAUGAUCGUCCAUUGAUUCGCAUCAAGCGUAAAGGUCGACCUUUCGCAACAUGUACAGUGUGCAAUGCCACACCCUGCACAUCUCCACUGGAGCACGCGCGCACAAAACGUGACGCAGAGCUCAAAUGUCCUUCAAAAAAAGCCUCGAGCCACGGAAGACUCUAUGCGCGGCAUAAUCCCACCAAUUUCCUUCCCAUUGCCCCUCGUCCAACUCCCGGUGCAAGUCCAAGUCCCGGUCACGGUCCGUCGGGGUCGAUUUCGGGUUCCGUGGGCGGCGGAAAACCUCUCUUAACGACGAGCGUGACAAAGUCAAAGUCAAAGUCUAGGUCCGGGUCGAAAUCGGCCUGCUCGACCUCGUCGGCUUCGUCGCCCGCAAAGACACCUAACUACCAUUGCCAUGAUGUAAUUGGCGCAGGAGAUUGGUCAGGCUCCGAGGGCUCGAUGUCUAGGAUUGACUCAUCGAGACACACAGUGUCAUUCUCUGGGUCUGUUUUGUCUGGUUUGGACUCGACCUCGACCUCGAACUCGAAUCAGACUCUCAGUCCAGAAGAGCAGGGGGGCUGUGGCUCCCUUUCUCAUUCCGCGCCUGGAUCUCUGUAUGAAUACCCCGUUUCCUCGGAUGCUGAUGUCGCGGCUGUGGCCUUGUUUGAUCCUGCGUAUUCGCUCCAGCCUUCUACGCUUUCUGUUUCUGGUUCGCAGAUCGCGCAGACCUUGUCCAUGGUUAGUCCGCUGGACGGGGCGCAUCCGUUUGACUUCUCGCUGGAUCCUGCGCUGGAAUUGGGUGAUAACAACUUGGGAUAUUUGAACGAGGUCGAUCUGAAUAUGGAUUUGGAGUUACCGGCUAUGGAGGAGUUUCAUGUCGAGGAUUGGUCGAGGUAUAUGUGGUCCGCUGAGACAGGGUUUGAGCAUUUAGAUACUGGAUUCCCUCCUGUGUCGCAAUAA